AUGGACGUCUGGUACCACGACCCGGGCUUCAAACUUGACGAGCCUUUCUGCUACAUCAACCAUUCAGGGCUCAACCACAGGACCAGUCACGGUAGUGCCGUCUGGAGUCUCUGGUUUACCGUCAAGUUCUGCAUCUCCCACAGAAACAAACUGCCUAACACGGCGUCGGUCUUUCCAACAAGCCUUACUGCCGUGCCUCCUUUCCCCGCAAAUUCCAGCUCCAUCAUCUGGCCGAGUGGCACCAUUGCCUCCAUCACUGAAGAGCCUGAGCCCUCGUCAACUUCACCUUGGAACAGUACUUUGACCUCCUCGCCAGUCAUAUCAGGAACCAAUCCAACUCUUUCGCUGUCCCCCAACUCAACACUCUCGGCCAGCGCUAAUGCUACCUGGACGGGGACCAGUCAACCUGCGGAUCCAGCGACGUCUACGUCUGGUGUUUUCGUGCCGCCGUGGCCUGUGUCCAAUUCUACGACCCUACCUAGAGGAACAGGAACGGGAACGGGAACGAUCCCCAUGACAACUGGGACUGCAGUGCCUUCAGGCUCAACUCCCACAGUACCAUGGCCUACGUUCAACUCAACCACGGUAUCCCUCACAGGAACCGUUUCCAUCCCGGUAAUUACAUCGUCCAUAAUUGUCGGUACGGGGUUCUCAAGUCCCUCCAGGGUCUUCACUUGGACAAAUCACACCUCGGGUAUUCCAACUAGCAACAGUACAGGCACUGGUGCUAUCACCGCGACGGGCUCAGUAACCGCCACCACUCAUUGGCCAAGUGUGAACACUACGUUGAGCUCUCAACAGAGCGCGAUUCUCUCUCCAAGUAAUGGGACAAUUUUGAAUACCUCAACGUCGAAUGCGACUCCCAGCAUCACAUCGGGAGGGUUUUCUACAACCGACGCUCCUCCGUUUCCAACCGGCAACUCCUCUGUCGUUCCCUUCCCGACUGGGUUCAAUACAUCGAGCAUCUGGCUCUCCACAGUCAUGUCGACCCUUGUUAUACCCGCCACCCUUCCCAAGAACCGGGGUCACCGCCGAUCCCACUCUGACCGGAAUCUCCUCUACUGCCAAUUCUACGAGACCAUUACCUUCCUUACCACCCUUCCCGUCAGUGAACUCCUCUCGCCCAGCGAACACAACCAUUACUAUCUCCGGGACAGGCACUACGGUGAUAUCGACAUUGACUUCCAGCACCAACUCUACCGUUUUCCCGUCGCCUCCAUUCCCGGUCACGAACUCUACUUCCCCUCCGUCUACCUUGGGCAGCCUAACGGUGGUACCAUCACAGGUCUCCCAAACUCAACCAUAGAGCCACCGUUCCCAACUCGGAAUGGAACGUCGGCGGCAGGACCUACAGGAACCGCACCUCCGGAAGGAUCUGGAACUGUCUUCUUCACAACUGAGCCCCCAGAGACAUCGAGCGGUCUCAACGCCACGGCAACGACGCCUCCAUUCCCUGCUGGCAAUGUCACCUGCACCAUCAGGCGCGGUAGCUUCGACAUUGACAAUCACAAGAGCCGACCGCCGCACCACGCAAACCCUUACAGUCUUGCGGUCUGCAACAUUGACGCCGCCGUUCCCAACUUCAAACGGAACCAUCGUGCCUACUGCCACAGGGGCUGGUCCUCCACCUGGAACUGUGAUUCCGAGCGUGCCCUUCAGCCAGUUGCCGAACUCAACAUUCUCGUCGCUGCCAUCUUCAUCGUCGUCGUCUUCGCCAGUGUACCCUCCUACUGGGCCUUCAACUACUCCUGCCACUGUCACCAACUCCACAGGGCCGACGGGGUCUUCAACACCAUGCCAUACGUCUCAUCCAUGCCAACCUGCACGUCCAAGUGGCAGAACACGACCUCUACAAAGCCCUCAACCGGAGCUACAAACAGAACUUCCAGCAACACCGCCACGACUCUCCUAACAGCAACAACCAAGGCUUCGGUCUCGGUCGAGGGAGACAGUACCACCAUGUUCGAGCCCGAUGGCCCGGUGGUGCCGACUACCACAGUCAGCGACUUCACUCUGCCAUCUAACAAGGCCUACCCGUGGGGCGGCAACGGGCCCCUAUUCCGGCGUCCUAACACCACCGCCUCCGACAGUGAGGAGAUGCCAGUCCGCCAGCCUGGUGGGUGGUGGCUGCGGUGGAAGCGGCAUUUCGACCGAUCGCGAUCGAGAGCGAAGUAG